CGGGGCAGACCCCUAGCGCGCCUGCGCAGAGGGCCACCCUUCGCUUCCCCCUUCCCCUCCCAUCUCCCUCCCUCCCUUCUCCCUAGCCCCCUCCCCCACUGCCCCCUCCCCCAAUUCUCCAUCCCCUUCCCUCCUGGUCUCAGAGGACCCUGUCCUAGCCCGAUCUGUCUCGGCCUGCAGCCCAGGCGAAGUCGUCGGUGCCACUUCCCGCUCAUGUGGGCCCCCGCGGGCUGCCCACGCCAGUCCCCCAGUUCCCGGUUCCGCUGGGCUCUCCCUUCGCUGGGGGUGGCUUUCUGAGCCACCCACUCCGUGCUCAUCUCUGCAGCCUCUCCUGCCGCUCGGGGCCCCCGUUCCCCCUCCCUGCGGCGGGGGGCUGCCCCCGGGGGGCUGGCGGAGCUGGGCCGCGGGGGCCCCGGGGCCGGCGGUGCCGGGGUCAUCGGGAUGAUGCGGACGCAGUGUCUGCUGGGGCUGCGCACGUUCGUGGCCUUCGCCGCCAAGCUCUGGAGCUUCUUUAUUUACCUUUUGCGGAGGCAGAUCCGCACGGUAAUUCAGUAUCAAACUGUUCGAUAUGAUAUUCUUCCCUUGUCUCCUUUGUCCCGGAACCGACUAGCCCAGGUGAAGAGGAAGAUCCUGGUGCUGGAUCUGGAUGAAACCCUUAUUCACUCUCACCACGAUGGGGUCCUGAGGCCUACAGUGAGACCUGGAACACCUCCCGAUUUCAUCCUCAAGGUGGUAAUAGACAAACAUCCCGUCCGGUUUUUUGUACAUAAGAGACCCCAUGUGGAUUUCUUCUUAGAAGUGGUAAGCCAGUGGUAUGAGCUUGUGGUGUUUACAGCAAGCAUGGAAAUUUAUGGCUCUGCUGUGGCAGAUAAACUGGACAAUAGCAGAAGCAUUCUUAAGAGAAGAUACUACAGACAGCACUGCACUUUGGAGUUGGGCAGCUACAUCAAAGACCUCUCUGUGGUCCACAGUGACCUUUCCAGCAUCGUGAUCCUGGAUAACUCCCCCGGGGCUUACAGGAGCCACCCAGACAAUGCCAUCCCCAUCAAAUCCUGGUUCAGUGACCCCAGUGACACAGCCCUUCUCAACCUUCUCCCAAUGCUGGAUGCCCUCAGGUUCACUGCUGAUGUCCGAUCGGUGCUGAGCCGAAACCUUCACCAACAUAGGCUCUGGUGACAGCUGCUCCCCCUCCACCUGAGUUGGGGUGGAGGGGAAAGGGAGGGAGAGCUCCUGGGACAGCCAUCUGCUGCCCUGUCCAAUGUGAGGACUGCCUGGGCAGGGUCUGCCCCUCCCACCCCUCUGCCCUGGAGCCCUGCACUCCGUUUACGGAGUCUGGAUGGACACAUGGGCCGGACUGUGAAGCAGCCUCACUCUUUGUGUUCACACUCCGUGGAAAUGCCAGACUGGGACAGGCGAAGGCCUAGAGGAGCCGAAACCGUCUGGUGAAGAGGCAGGACUGGCCAGAGUAACAGACAUAUCCCAGAGGCUCAAAAGAAGCCAAUUCAACUUUGUUGUGAUUUGAUUUUUUAAAAACUCUUAUACAAAACUGAUCUGAUUCUUCACUCCUGCUCCAAGGGCUGGGCUGUGGGUGGGGACUGGGAUUUUGGGCCACUGGAUCCUUCCUCAGACUUGUCCCUCCCUUACUUUUCCUCAUUUUUUUUUUCUCUCCCCAAUCCUCCAUACCUGUAAUCAGCUCCUUUCUUCUUCCUCUUUUAAACCAUGCAUUAUAACUUUGAAACCAAA